UUGUCCAUCAGGACCCUCAGGAUCCUCUCUGCAAGCUCCUUUCCAGCAGGUCAUGCCCCAGCCUGUACUGAUACUUGUGGUUAUUUCUUCCCAGAUGCAAGACUCUACACUUGCUUUUGUUAAACCUCACCUGGUUUCUUUCUGCCUAGCUCCUCAGUCUGUUCAUAUCUUACUGAAUGGCAGCACAGCCUUCUGCUGUGUCAGCCACUCCUCCCAGCUUUGUAUCGUCAGCAUACUUGCUGAGGGCGGCCACUAUCCCCUCCUCAAGGUCGUUGAAGAUAUUGAACAAGAUCAGACCCAGCACUGACCUCUGGGGAACACCAGUAGUCACAGGUCUUCAACCUAUCUAUAUCUAUCUACCUUAAAGAGAAUACUAGAUAAUAAAAUACCUUCUGCUUUGCAACUUACAUGGUAGUAAUUGUGAUGUUACAGAAUGUGAAAUGUGAUCCUGCUCUUUGUCAUGGUUAUAAAAAUACAUUUUCUUAUUCUUUGCAGUAAUAGCAGUGUUAAAAAAUAGGUGAUUAAUAGCUUACGUGAUUCGGAACUGUUCCAUUUUGGUUCCUUUUUUUUUUGUUGUUUUUGUUUAAGGUCACUAUUAUAAUUUUCACCUUUGGCAUCUAGCAAAAUCUUUCAGUGUAACUAUUACACUGCAUUUAGUUGUAAACAAUAAACUUCAGGAAGGGAAGCUAGAGGAAAUUAAUUAAACUGUCAUCACUUGCUUCUAAAUGAUAAGAAAACAGCUCACUUCUGCACCAUAAAGAGAAAUCUUAGUUUCCCCUAGUAAAAAAAUAAAUUACCUAAAAUGAUUACUACUUCUUACUACUCAGUUGUUUUUUUUUUUAAUUGUAGCUUUAUAAUUGUUUGUCAACAUUUUGUGACAGGAUGAGUAUGAGGAAGUGCUUCAUUAUAUUAUAGUGACUCCAAAGUUUGAACUGUGCAUCCCAAAGCAGUCAGAACCUUCCUCAGAACUGAGAGGAAGGGGCAGAUUUUCAAGUGUAACAGAUGACACCGUUUACCAUAAAACUCCAGAUUUAUUGUCAGUGAAGGAGCGUACUGAGGUCAAUAUGGAACAACUGUGCCCUGUUUCAGAAGAGAUUUCUUCACAAGAGUCCACACACAUUCCAAGAGAAAUUGAUGAAACCAUAGUAACUGAAUUAACUGUACCUGAUGAAAAAGUUACCCAAAUAGAAAAUAUACUUGAUCUCUGGAGUGGAAGUCUUAAGACAAAUGUUCUGAGUGAAUUGAGAAAAUGGAAAUUAAGUUUUAUCGAACAUCACAAGCAUCAAAUGAGACAAGAAAAAGAGAAACAUGCUGAGCAUGUGAAACAAUUGAACAAUGAGAUGGAAAAUCUGAAAGAGUUGCUACGUACUUACGAGAUUUCUAUUGGCAGAAAAGAUGAGGUGAUUACUAACAUGACAGAAGCGUUAGAGAGGAAGAAAGAGAAAAUAGAGUUAAUGAGAAAGUUUACACUGUGGCGGAUUCAGCAAAUUAAAUCUAAACAAGAGGAAUAUACAAACAGAAUAGCAGAUAAACAGUUCCAGACAGCUUUGAAGAAGAAGGUGUGGACAGCAUGGCGCUCUCUUAGUGAAGAAAGAUGGAAAGAAAAAGUAGCUAAAGCCUGUCAGUUAAGGGCAGAAGAUAUCUGUGUUCAGCUUACCAAUGAUUAUGAAGCCAAAAUUGCAGAGCUAACUGCUACUUUGGAACAAACAAAAGCUGAGAUUCUGCGUCUGCACAGUGAAAGAGAGCAGUAUGAAGACACUAUGAAGAAAGCAUUUAUGCGUGGUGUUUGCGCUUUGAAUCUGGAAGCAAUGACCAUGUUUCAAGGCAAGGACAAUAGGACAGAUCCUGAUGCAGGAAGUAGGAGAGAAGAUAACGGUGCUAUUAUAGCAGGAAGGCUACCUCAUUCACAGUACAGUCCCCCUUCACCACCCCCUGCACCAGCAACUACUCUUCACACGGAAGACUUGUUUUCUAUUCACCUGGGUCAUGCAAGCACUUCUCAGACAAGGCUAGAUUCUGAUUCUCCAGUAAUCAUCCCUGGCACAGCUGCAGGAUCUGGGCUGGCAUCAACUCAAAAAUUGCCCAUGGCAAAAGUUAUAACAUCUGCUCAACAGAAAGCAGGGAGAACAAUCACUGCUCGAAUCACAGGCAGAUGUGAUAUGGGACAAAAACACAGAAUUUGUGGUAGUUUAGCAGUGAUGGGAGUUGCUCCACCCAUGAGUUCAGUCAUUGUUGAAAAACAUCAUCCAAUCACUCAGCAAACCAUAUCCCAAGCCACUGCUGCUAAAUAUCCUCGAACUGUGUUCCUUACUUCUGGUUCUACAACUGUGAGACCUGCAGGACAAGCUGGGCGAAUGCUUCAGAGCCAAACUCAUACCAGCGUUCAGUCAAUAAAAGUUGUUGACUGAAUAAAUAUCUUAUACUGGGUGGAGGCUUUUAUCAAGAUACGUAAUUUAAACCUCUUCCCAGUCUUCUCAAAGCUUGACGUAGCAAGACCUAAAAUAUGUAUCAUGUUUUCAGCCCUUUUAACAAAAAAAGUGUUUGCAGAAAGCAUCUGGAGGGGAAAAUGACCUUGAAAUGUUAUUCUACCUCCUAUUUGAAAACUUGAUUAUUAACAUAAACGCUUUAUUUAAAUAAACAAUCUUUUGCACAUUUUCAAAUAAAGGAUAAAAUAUGAUAUUUGUCCGAAGUGCUUGUCUACUUCUGGUAUAAAUGUUAGUGCAUUUAUUUUCAAGUAAAAAAUUAAAUUUA